UCCGAGCGCCCCUCCCUCUUCCUUUUCCGUCUCCACCUAGCAGACAUCUGCUCUCCAACACCAUUCCCUGGUUGAUCCGGCUUGGGCCACCACAUUCUGCAUCUCAACAUGGCGGGAAAAAUGGUGCUAUAUAAACUGGUGGUGCUGGGAGAUGGUGGCGUGGGGAAGACGGCUCUGACCAUUCAAUUGUGUCUGCAACAUUUCGUCGAGACUUACGACCCUACGAUCGAAGACUCGUACCGGAAGCAAGUCGUCAUAGACAACCAGGCCUGCAUGCUGGAAGUGCUGGAUACGGCCGGCCAGGAGGAGUACACCGCUCUGCGAGACCAGUGGAUCCGAGAUGGCGAGGGCUUCGUCCUCGUCUACAGCAUUUCAUCUCGGUCCUCCUUCUCGCGCAUCAAGAGGUUCCACCACCAGAUCCAGAGGGUCAAGGAGUCGUGCGCUUCGUCGCCGUCGUAUCCGGGGUCGCCCAUCACCGCAGUCACCCCUCAGGCGCCCGUCCCCAUCAUGCUGGUUGGAAACAAGAGCGACCGAGUCACGGAGCGGGAGGUAUCCACACAGGAGGGACACGCCCUGGCGCGCGAGCUGGGAUGCGAGUUCGUCGAGGCCUCGGCAAAGAACUGCAUAAACGUGGAGAAGGCAUUCUACGACGUCGUCAGGAUUCUCCGGAGGCAGCGGCAGGCGGCCAUGCGGCCCAUCACUCAGACCAGCACGGGGCGGCCGCUGCGUUCGGGCAACGGGGACGGCGGCACUUCUCGGGAAAGCAACCGCCACCGGGGGAAAAGAGGCAGCAGCUCGUCGGGCAAAUGCAUCGUAUUAUGAGCUACGAGAGACAGUCUUCGUCUCCACCUACCCGUCGCUCCAGGCAGGGCCCGGUAGCGAUCUCUUUUGGGAGCUUCCGAUGCUUCCUCACUCCCUCACUCCCUCCACUUGACACGAGCUUCCGAGGGGCUCUCUGCG